UCAUGUCUGGCAGAGGGAAAGGAGGCAAAGGACUGGGCAAAGGCGGAGCCAAGCGGCACCGUAAAGUGCUCCGUGAUAACAUCCAGGGCAUCACCAAACCGGCCAUCCGCCGUCUGGCUCGCCGCGGCGGCGUCAAGCGGAUCUCGGGUCUGAUCUACGAGGAGACCCGCGGAGUGCUGAAGGUUUUCCUGGAGAAUGUGAUCCGGGAUGCGGUCACCUACACUGAACACGCCAAGCGCAAGACGGUCACUGCCAUGGAUGUGGUGUACGCUCUGAAACGCCAGGGCCGCACUCUCUAUGGCUUCGGCGGCUCAAAAACUCCCACCUCCUCCCGAGCACAAAACAAAGGCUCUUCUAAGAGCCACCCACCGCCUCACAGACGGAGUCGUAGCCACAGACUUUUAAUUAUUUUUUAUCGAUUUAUUCAUAUGGUUACAUUUGCAACAGAUUAA